AUGUCUUCUGCUGUAGCAGAACUGGAUAGCUAUCUCCAGUCUAUGCUUGCUCUUAAACCCCCGGGUGUUUCGGGCUCUAAGAUCAACAGUAUCACCUCGCUUUGUACGGCGAACGUUCAGAACGAAUCCGUCCUCAUCCAGAAGAUCUAUACACACUUCAAAAAGGCACCAGGAACACACAAAUUGGGCGUACUCUAUGUCGUAGACUCUGUAACUCGACAGUGGGUAGAAGCAGCGCGCAAGGCAGGACAGCCGCCUGGCAGUGCCGCUCCGGACGGAACCUUUGCCGCUGGCGUUAACAGAGUGACCGAAUUAUUACCUGUCUUGAUGACUGAUAUCAUAAACAAUGCUCCCGAAGAUCAAAAGGAAAAAAUCAGGAAACUGGUUGAUAUCUGGGAGCGUGGAUACACCUUUCCCGCCCCGAUGCUUGCCUCCUUCAAGAACAAACUAAAUGCGCCCGCUUCGCACAAUGUGGAAUCCACGACUCCUGAAGGGUCUCCGGCCCCGAACUACAUCCCGCUAGGAGGUCCGCAGCAGCAGCAGCAAGCGCCGAAUGGUGCAAGCUCUUCGACCCCUGCUCAGUCAGCGCCUGACACCUCCAGUAUCCUGAAGGCCCUGGCGGACAUGGCCAAGCAGAAUACCGCAGCGCCGGCACCGGCUCCGCCAGUGGCGCCGCAAACUAACCCUCUUCAUGCUCUGAGCCAGCCGAGUACCGUUGCGCCCCCCAUGCCGCCAUCCGUAGACCCAGCUUCCCACCCUUCCAACGGACAGGCGGGCGUAAAUCCUUAUGCUGCGGGUGUGAUGGGCACGCCGUUCGCGGCUCUGGGGAGCGUCCCCGGUGCGAGCCCAGGGCUGGUUCAGCCGCAGAGCCAGAGCCAGACUCCCAAUCCAUUGGGCGCGGCGCCGAACCCACUGGCGGCGCUACUGCCGCAGGCCACUGCAGCACCGACUCAGCAGACACCCUCGAUGGGGCCGGACCCUCUGCAGCAGCAGCUCCAGCUAUUGCAGGCCUUAGCCGCGCAGGGAAUCCCGCAAGAGCAGUGGCUCCCCGCGCUACAGCUCCUAACCAACAUGACAGCCGGCCAGGCGCCGGGCGGCUUCAGCAUGCCGGGCCAGAACGUCAAUGCCUGGGGGGCCCGUCCCGACUCGCAGGCACGUGACUUCGACCGCGACCCGCGCGACUUCAUGCGCUCCCCGCCCGGCCAGUACCACCGCGGUCGCUCUCGCUCGCCCGGCUGGGACCGCCGUCCCUCCCCUCCGCGCCGCCGUGACAGCCCCGUCUACGGCGAGUACCAUGGCGACUCGCCCGGUCGCCGCGGCGGUGAUCCCCGUGGCCGUCGCGCUGCCGACUAUCGUCAACGCAGCCCUCCCGGCCGCAGACGUCGCUCCCCUUCCCCCCGCAAGGAUCUGGCCUUGCCUCCUCCCGGCAAGAAGUUCAUCGAGUGGGACUAUUCUAUCGGUCAAAACCACAUCAAAGUUCUGAGCCGUACCCUGUUUGUCGGCGGUGUCACGUCCUCGGAGUCUGCCCUUCGCGGGCUAUUCGGCAAAUUCGGCAUCGUUCAGACCUGCAUUGUCAACAUCGACAAACGCCACGCCUUCAUCAAGAUGAUCGGCCGCGAAGAUGCCAUCCGUGCUCGCGACGGCAUGGAAUCGUACAGGUCGGGCGAAAUGCAACUUCGAACUCGAUGGGGUGUGGGAUUUGGUCCGCGCGAUUGCAGUGACUAUCAGACCGGCAUCAGUAUCAUCCCGAUAGAUAGACUCACCGAAGCAGACCGUAAGUGGAUGUUGACCGCGGAGUACGGUGGAACGGGCGGAGUGCCCAUCGACGCGGGCAUGGUUGUGGAGGAGCCGGAUAUCGAAAUCGGCGCCGGAGUUUCCUCGAAAGCCAUCAGUCGUCGGAUUGCCACGGAUACCGGAGGUAAGCGUGGCCCGGUGUCCUCUCGCACCCAGCAAGAUCGUUUCCGUCGCCCCGAACCUCCGACGGGAAUGGGUGGCGGUAUGGGCGGCGGUCACGCCGACCGCGAUGUCGCCAGUGCCAAUAACGUCGGCGUGCCGCCCACGGUGCCGAGCUUCGGUUUUUCAGUUCCCAUCCCCGGCAUGUUUCCCCCUGGGUUCAUGAUGGGUGGAGCGCAGGCUGGCUCCGGUGGCUCUGCGCAGCCCCCGCCCCCCGGCCAGGGAGGUAAUUGA